AUUCACCUUUCACAUUGCACCAUGGGAAAGCACGAGGAGCAGGAUGCAGAGUUGACGGCGCAGGAAGCUGCAGUUUACGAUCGCCAAAUGCGUCUGUGGGGAGUGGAAGCUCAAAAGCGUCUGCAGAAUUCCCACAUUCUCAUCAGUGGAAUGACACAGCUCGGGUCGGAAGUCGCAAAGAACCUUGUGUUGUCUGGGAUGUCCGUGACGUUGCAUGACGUGAAUGUGGUGACGCGAGCGAAUGUUGACACACAGUUCUUCCUCACUGAAGACCAAAUUGGGCUCAACCGCGCGGAAGCUUGCUUGUCGGCUGUGCAGGAGCUCAAUCCCCUCGUCCAUGUCAGCGCCAUUACCAAGCCCCUCGACCACUAUCCUAGCGACCACUUUGAUCAGUACAGCGUCGUGUGCGUCUUGUCAGCGUCGCGAAAGCUCCAGAUCUACUUGGACAAUUUGUGCCGCGAGAAAAACAUUGCGUUUUACGCAGGUCAUGCGUUUGGUUUGUCUGGCAUAUUCUUCUGCGACUUGGGCAACGAGCACGUGUAUCGGCGCCAUGUCCAAUCGACCGACGCACCAUCAGACACCACGACCGUCCCCGAACUCAAGGUGUCGUACCCAUCACUGGAGACGUCAGCGCUCGCGACGUGGAGCUCUCUGAAACCCACGAGAAAGCGCAGUCCCGUCACUCCCGCGCCGUACAUUGCCUACCAACUUCUACUGGAAUUUGUCGAGGCGCAUCACGAGUUCCCGACUGCAGCUACCACCGCCGAGUUCGUCGCGUUGGCGAAAUCUCAGUUGGAAGGCCAGGGUUUGCCAGGGUUCUUCGAUGACCACCAAUUGGCAACGCUGGCGGCGACGGCCGAAGCGGACGUGGUGCCCGUGUGUGCUAUCGUCGCAGGUAUCCUCGGCCAGGAAGUGAUCAAGGCCAUUUCGAUGAAGGACGAGCCUUUGAACAACUACUUUUUCUUUGACGGGGCGACCGGCGAAGGCACCGUGCGCCGCAUCGGGUAGCUUCAGUGUCACUCCUCCAUUCAGCUAACAGUAACUCUUGAACGCGUCGCUCGCUACACCUACAUCUGCCUC